UAUUUCUGCACCCGGCCGAUGGCUGACGAGGCCGCGCGCAGGGCCGCGUCGCAACUGCCGCUACUGAAGACGCACGCCGGGCCGCGGGACCGCGCGCUGUGGCCGCAGCGGCUGAAGGAGGAGUACCAGAGCUUGAUCCGCGCCGUGGAGCAAAACAAGGCGGCGGACUGCGACUGGUUCCGCCUCGAGUCCAACGCCGACGGCACGCGCUGGACUGGCACGUGCUGGCUCAUCCACGAGCUGCUGCGCUACGACUUCCGGGUGGAGUUCGACAUCCCGGUGACGUACCCGGACACGGCGCCAGAGGUGGCGGUACCGGAGCUGGACGGGAAGACCGCGAAGAUGUUCCGCGGCGGCAAGAUCUGCCUCACGGAGCACUUCGCGCCGCUUUGGGCGCGCAACGCGCCGCGCUUCGGGCUCGCGCACCUGAUGGCGUUGGGGCUCGGGCCGUGGCUCGCCGUGGAGGUCCCGGAUCUGAUCAGCAAGGGGAUCGUGGUGCACCGGGAGCGGCAGGGCGACGCGGUGGCGGUCUUGUGACGUCACUGGGAUCGGCAGGGCGACGCGGUGGCGGCGGCCGAGUGACGUCACCGGGAGCCUGAACUGACUGAAACAGUUUCAGAGUAAAAAGAUAAAAAAUGAACAGUCUGAUGGAGAGAUGAUAAAAAGAUAAAAGAUGAAUAACCUGACGUCAUUAGGUCUGUUGGAGAGGUUUGAGAUCAUCUAUGUAAUGUGUUAUAAUAAAUAUAAUAAAAUAUAAAAUA